CGACAGAGAUAUUUUCCCGCCUUUCCUACGUCCCUGAAAAUGUCUCAGAAUCCAUUGCAGCGCCUCUUUCAAAGCUUCGAAAAGCUCUCAAUUUGCAUACAAACCCAUCUCUCGAAUCUCACGGGCCACCAUCCCUACCCAUCAUCUCCUUCUGAGGAAAAAAUUCUCGUCUCUUCAUCUUCUCCAUCAUCAUUAUCAUCGUCGUCAUCGUCAUCGUCAUCGUCGUCGUCCAAAGUAACCCCAUUACAGAGCAGAGACGCGACCCAGAUCCUCCUGAAGGGAAAAUUUGCUGGGCCUGUUACCAAAGAAGAGCUUGGAAGAGCCACUUGGACUUUUCUUCAUACUCUUGCAGCACAGUAUCCGGAAAAACCAACUAGACAACAAAAGAAGGAUGUAAAAGAACUGAUAGCUAUAUUAUCUCGAAUAUACCCUUGCAAGGAAUGUGCUGAUCACUUCAAAGAAAUUUUGAGAGCAAAUCCUGUACAAACUGGAUCUCAUGAUGAGUUCUCAGGCUGGCUCUGUCAUGUACACAACAUAGUUAAUAGGAGCCUUGGAAAACUGGUGUUUCCAUGUGAGCGAGUUGAUGCAAGGUGGGGCAGAUUAGAGUGCGAGCAGCGUGCCUGCGACCUACAAGGGACAACAACAGAGUUCGGCAAAUAGACUUGCAUUUCUUGGUGGAUUUGCGAGUGGCUAAUCCAUCGCUUGAUUUAUUGAUACAUUGGUGUUCUUAUAUACAUGAAUGCAGGAUUCAUAUUAUUCUGAAAAUAUAAAAACUAAACAAGCAGCAAUCCGUUGAUAUUAUGUUA